GACGAAAACAUCUUUUUGAUUUAUAGUUAAAACAAUUAUAUUUACGCUUUAAAAUUUUACAACUUGUUACAAUUUUUUUUAUCUUGUUAACGUAAAAGUCUUAUUAGAUUUAGAAUUUAUCAACAGAAUGGUUACACCAAAUAUUAUUUUUAAAUCAAGCCAUUUCAAGUCAGCAAAUUAAAGUUUUAAUCAAGUCAUUUCAAGUCUGCAAAUUAGAGUUUAGGAUUUAAAGUCGUUCAAUUAAAUACAGUGUUACAAUUUCAAGAGUGGUAUCACCUGUUACCAUGUCAACUUCGGCAAGAUUAGACGCCGGUCUGGCCAGUGGAGUCAAAGGAAUUAAAGAACAUAUGAAAACGAUGCAGGCAAAUAUCAAAGAAUUAAAUGAAAAAUCCGAUAGUUUGGAAAAACAAGAGCUAGAACUCAAGAAAACUAUUCAAAUGAACUAUCAAAAAAAGAUGAGUUUGCGAGAUCAGAUUUCUGAAAAAGAAGAAACAUUAAGAAAGUGUUUAGAAAAAUUAAAGGAGUUUUCAAAACGAAUGGAAGAAAAGCUUGUUUUUCUUGAAGAAUCAAAAAAAUUUCAUAACUCUCUUGUGUCUGUUACUCCUGAUGUAGGAAUGGUCGCUGAACUAGAGAAAAGGCUAAAAAUUUAUAAAGAUAUUUAUGGAGUUAAUUUAACGAAAUAUCAGAAAGCAAGAGAUCAUAAAAGUAGUCUAGAAGAAAAAUUAGAAAUAAUCGAGGGAAAAGUUCACGAAAAAAAAAAAAGAGUUGAAAAGUUACAGACAGAACUUGAAUACAACCGUAUAGAAGAAGAACGGAGAGCAAAAGGUUGCGUCGAAGCAAUUGAUUCAGCAUUCAAAUCUGAAAAAACAUGUGUAGAUCUUGAAAAAAACUUGGAAGCAAUGAUGCUCAGAAAAGAAGAAGCAAAUAGGAAGGUCAAUGUUCUCGAACAAAAAGUGACUAAAGCAGAAACUAAUAUCGAAACCUUGAACUGUGAUAGAAGGAAAAUGGAAACCACUUUAAAAGAAUAUCUACUUAUCAUUAAAGAUAAAAAAAUUUGAGUAGUUAGUUUAUAUAACUACGUUUUAAUUAUUAGUAAAGAUAUUUUUUUUUGCAUCAACGGAAAUGCAUAAAAAGGUACAAAAAAACAUAAAAA